AUGUGUUUCAGAGUGAUCCACAUUUUUGAAUGUUCGACGGUUUUCAAUCAAGUCAAUGAUCAUCUCGAUACCGUUUUGGGCUUCACGGAUAUUCUGCGAGAGGUCUAUUCCUAUGAAGAGCUUCGCAUUCCAAUCGAGAUGCUCGAAACUGCUGAGGAAUUUUUGGAUUCAUGCCUUGAUGAGACCAAUCGCUAUAUUUUCUUUAUGAAGCUUCUCAAUGCUGAACGUCUUGUGUAUGGUGUUGAGAAGAUUUACCACGACACAUACGAGAUCGAGGAGCCCGUUUUUAUUUGA